GUAGGAAAAGAUGGAACAUCUCCAUCAAUAUAAAGAAUACGAUAUAAAUUAUUUCACCUCAAAGAUUAUUCUUUAACUGCUAAUCUUUUGAAACAAAACCUUGGUGCUCCAUACAAAUUACAAAGCUUAAGAAAAUGAGUGUCUUGGUUUCAUGGGCAAGGAAAGAAGUAGCUCGUUUGAGAAGUCCAAAGCCUAAGGCUUUGCUAGUUCCUCCCAAAUCUCGAUCUCUGGUUGGAGAAAUUGAAAUUUCAGCCGAUGUACGAUGUGUGAAAUGCAGAAUCAUGGUAGCAGAAGAAAUGUCAAAAAUGGAAGGUAUGGAGUCCGUGGAAGUUGAUGUGAUGGGCAAGAAGGUGAUACUCAUUCAAAGAUCGUUCACCGACGACAAAUGAUCAAUUAUUUUGCUAAUGCUGUUUUUCUUUUUUUUUCACCGACGACAAAUGAUCAAUUAUUUUGCUAAUGCUGUUUUUCUUUUUCUUUUUCUUUUUUUGUUUUGUUUUGUUUAUUUGAAUAAUUUCAUUUAUGAUCUUUAAUUGAUUAGAGAAGGAACAAAAAUACUAACUAUUCACGAACAGGCAAUAGGCAUGCAUAAUGAAGUAGCUCAAUCAUGUUACAUUUGUCGGGGAAGGACGAUUCUGUCAUUUCUUUAUGCACUUUAUGAAUGUACUGUAUAGGUGAUAUGAUUAUUUUGUUUUGACAAUUUGGUUUUGACAAAUUUACAUAUUUGGUCCCUAUGGUUGAUAAAAAAGACCGAUGUAGGUCCUUUUGGGGAAUUUUGGACAUGGGGUCCUUUCACAUUUAAAACGAACAAGGAAUGUCUUUUGGCUGUUAACUUUUUUGGUUAAAUCUCAUGUGAAAUUAUAUAUUUGUCCUUACUAACAUAUGGACCAUUUAUGUAAUUUGUUCUUGCCGUAGGGACCAUUUAUGUAAUUUUGUUUAUUUUUUAUUAUUGUUUUUAGGCGAAACUUCAUAAAUGGUCCCUAUGGUCUCCUAAAAUCUAGGAUUUAGUCCCUAACUUUAAAAAAAACUUUAUAGAAUAUCUUUGUGGUUUAAAAACUUUUGACAUAUAGUCCUUUUUACUUACUCCGUCACUUUUGGGCCGUUAAGUUCCAUCUCGGUAAAUAAGGUGAGUGCAUAUACGUCAUUUUGCUUGUAACAUUCCUUCUUUAUAAGCAAAUGCAUGUCUCCCAUGACUUUCAAAAAAACCCCUCUUCUCCUCUUGUACAUUGCUACAACCUCAAGACUAUCAAGAAAUUGAAGAUGGUGAUUUGUCGUUUUGGAAUUGAAGCAAUGAAGGUGACAUUUUGGACCAAUUGUAACCAUGGUAGGCAAUUUUGGAGCUAUUCACACUUAACUAGAGAUGUGGGUUCCUUGGGUGGGUUGACCGUCCGAUGUACCCUAGGGCAAUGGUGGUAAUUCCAGGUUUGCUUAGAUCAAUGAAUCGAUUGGAGGAGAGUCUUGUGAUUGCACAUGCAGUAGUAUGGAACUACUAACUGAUGUUAUUUUGUUCAUGGGUAUUCUUUUCUUGGUUUUAUGUUAAGUAGUAAAAUGGUUGUGGUGUUUGGUGUCGGUGUCUUUUGUAAGCAUGUAACUAGUGCAAUAGAUUUUGGAUGGUAAUGGAAAUGGGGUUUUGGUUUCAUUUUGUUGAAUGUAGGUGUAUGUAAGACAUCAAGUUAAUGCAAUUCUAAUGGAAGGUUGUGUUGUAAGAAAUCAA